AUGAGGGCGCUUGUUUUGUUGAUUCUAGUGGUCCGUAUUACGCUAGGAUACGCUCUACCAGGACACUAUGCCGCUCACAUACUGGAACACGUGCGCCCCCAAACGGACGAUGAAACCCAGCAGCUAGCGGCGAAGGAAGUGAUCGAAAGAAUCCUUCCACCCGAGCAGGCUCAACAAUUUCAAGUACUAAUCGAUGGGUCCAUGGAGAGGAAUUCGUUUCAUCUGUUCAAAAAGGAUUCUCCUGACUCCGGCAUAGUAAAGAUCACUGCUUCCAGUGGAGUUGCUGCUACGAAAGCAUUCUACCAUUAUUUGCGAUACUGGUGCAACAGCCUUGUGGCAUGGGAAGGAUCCCAGCUGAAUCUACCGGCAGUGCUACCAUCGGUAAAUGUAACCAUGAAAGCUCCAAGCAGCAUCGUGUAUUAUCAGAACGUCUGCACCUGGUCGUACUCCUUCAGCUGGUGGAGUUGGCCCCAGUGGCGACGGCACAUCGACUGGAUGGCAUUGCAAGGCAUUACACUAAGCCUAGCGCCCUUCCAGGAGGACAUCUGGGCGAAGGUGUACCUGGAGUACAAUCUCACACGGUCCGCGAUCGACGAACAUCUCUCAGGGCCCGGUUUUUUCGCCUGGCAGCGGAUGGGUAACAUUCGUGGUUGGGGUGGUCCACUAACGCCAGCUUUCGCCACCUUCGCAAGGACAUUACAACUCCAGCUGGUGCAAGAAAUGCGCCGUCUCGGAAUGGCGCUAGCAUUGCCCGCUUUUGCAGGUCAUCUACCGGUGCAGUUUCGCGAUCUUUACCCAAAUGUGACGUUCGCUAAUGUGUCCGUUUGGAACAACUUCCCACCCCAGUACGCUAGCCCACUGUUUCUCAACCCAACCGAACCACUGUUUGGGGAGAUAGGCCAGAGGUUCCUUAAGCGCGCCAUCGACACGUACGGAACCGAUCACGUGUACUUUAGCGAUCCUUUCAACGAGAUCGAUCCUGCCUCACCGAGUGGAAAGUAUCUUUCGAGUGUUGCUGAAGCCAUCUACGAUACGAUGGUGCGGGUUGAUCCGGUCGCCGUUUGGCUCCUUCAAGGGUGGAUGUUUGUGAAGAAUCCCUUCUGGAGUGAUCGUUCUAUACGGGCCUUCCUGUCAGCGGUUCCCAUCGGGCGGAUGCUUGUGCUCGAUCUUCAAUCGGAGCAGUACCCGCAAUAUACCCGGACGGGUUCCUACGCCGGACAGCCGUUCAUUUGGUGCAUGCUGAGCAAUUUUGGUGGCACACUUGGCAUGCUCGGAUCGGUUGGUAACGUACACCGGGGCAUCCGGGAGGCGAGAAGUAACGGGUCGUACACGUUGCUUGGAACAGGGAUCACUCCGGAAGGCAUCAAUCAAAACUACGCGCUGUACGAGUUUGCACUCGAGAUGGGGUGGAAUUUGGACCUGAACAACCCGGAGCAGUGGUUCAAUCAGUACGCUCAGGCUCGUUAUGGAAAUGAGAGUAACAUGAUGGCGCAACAAGCUUGGAACAUUUUCCGCACCACCGUGUACGCUUUUGAGGGACUCGAGAUGAUGCGUGGCAAGUACACCUUUAAUCGUCGUCCAACCACAAAAAUAAGGCCAUGGGUUUGGUAUAAUGUGACCACGUUUAACGAAGGCGUGGAACUGCUGCUGGAUUCCGCCGAAGCGGGAAAUUGUAACGAGCUUUGUCGGUACGAUCUCGUUGACGUUACACGGCAGUCCCUACAGAACACCGCCGACGCUUUAUAUCUCACGAUUAUGGAUGAUUUCAAGCAGUUAAACCUCACCGCUUUUCGACAUCAUUCGAGUCUCUUCCUUGAACUGCUCUCAGAUCUAGACCGGUUGCUGCUUACAGACGAUCACUUCUUGCUCGGUACGUGGCUUGAAUCGGCCAAGGCACGUGGAGAAACGAGCCUCGAACGGCAAAGGUACGAAUAUAACGCCCGGACACAGAUAACCCUUUGGGGACCGCAGGGCCAGAUCGUCGAUUACGCCAACAAACAGUGGGCCGGAAUGGUGGGUGAUUUUUUCCAUCCCCGGUGGGGUGUGUUUCUGGGCGAGCUUGAACAAGCGAUCGUCUCCAACAGCACGGCUAACGAUGUGAAGAUACGAGACCUGAUAUUCCGCACCGUCGAGCUGCCGUUCGUAACGGACACCAAGCGUUACACGACGAUCGCGUCGGGAGAUCCCGUACGUACCGCACGGGCAAUGUUCACAAAGUGGACCAAAGAUGUCCCACCACUGAAGCAUAUCCCUCGGAGUGUGUCACUGAGAAAGCAGGUAACGCAUCGCCGUAACAGAUGGUACAAAGGACUCCUUCCCAGCUCUCUGAACUAAAGUACGCCACACAGUUCUUAU